AUGGCUCUCACCAUCCUUUCUUUCUCUGCUUUCAUCUUCUCUGUGGUCUUAUUCUUUUAUCUUCCCAAUAAGCUUUUCGUCGAAGCCGGCAAUGGUGGCUUCACCGUUGAACUCAUCCAUCGUGAUUCCCCACGAUCACCGUUUUAUAACCCUUCCGACUCCUUAUCCGAUCGUGUAAUUCAAGCCGUCCAUCGCUCAAAUUCUCGGAUCGACUACUUCCGUAUUUCUUCCAAACCUUCUUCUGUUUCACCCACAUCCGUCCGAUCUGAGGUUGUUCCCAAUGGCGGUUCAUAUCUAAUGUCGCUCUCCAUCGGAACACCUCCCGUAGAAAUGCUUGCAAUUGCUGACACCGGAAGCGAUCUCAUUUGGACCCAGUGCAAUCCAUGCGAUGGAUGCUACCAACAGGAAGCCCCUCUCUUCGAUCCUGUCGAAUCUUCUACUUACCGAAAUAUAUCAUGCCAGUCGAAUUCCUGCCAAUCGCUGCCGCAGUCUUCAUGCAGUGUCAGUCGCAGCUGCGAUUAUUCAUACAGCUAUGGAGACCAAUCUUUCACCAAUGGAGUUCUUGCAUCAGAGACACUCACCUUCGAUUCCACCGAAAGAUCAACCGUCAAAAUUCCAAAGAUAGCAUUCGGAUGCGGCCAUAACAAUGCCGGAACCUUCGAUUCCCAUGGAGCUGGGCUAGUGGGCCUUGGAGGCGGCCCGCUUUCUCUCAUUUCCCAAUUGGGUUCUUCAAUCGAAGGGAAGUUCUCCUACUGCUUGGUUCCACUCCAGGAAAACACGACGAGCAGUCAACUGAAUUUCGGAGACACUGCUGUAGUCUCCGGAAGCAAUGUCGUUUCAACCCCUUUGAUUUCCAAAGAUCCCAAUACAUUCUACUAUCUCACAUUGGAAGUAAUCGAAUUUGGUGAGAAAAAUGUAAAGCUACCAGGCGGAAAUGGAAACAUCAUCAUCGACUCCGGCACGACUCUUACGUAUUUAGAGACAAGUGUGUAUGAUGAGUUUUCAUCGGCAUUGAAGGAAUCGAUCAAUCUAAAGCCGGCCCAAGAUCCAUCUCAGACGUUCGAUACGUGUUAUGAGGCCGGGCAGGAAGCCAGCCUCCCCGACAUGACAUUCCGCUUCACCGGAGCCAAUCUGAUCUUGAAACCAUUGAAUACAUUUAUCCAAGUUUCGGAGGGUGUUGUCUGUCUUGCACUGAUGCCCAUGCAGGAUUUCUCUAUCUUUGGAAAUAUAGCUCAGCAGAACUUCAAAGUAGGGUAUGAUCUUGUUGGGAAGAAGGUCUCCUUUGCUCCAACUGAUUGCACCAAGAACUAG